AUGCCUCCAAAGAGGAAGAAGACAUCUUCACCUGCAGCAGGAAGCGCCAAGAAACAACGGAGAGCUAUUGACCUUGACACGAAAAUGAAAAUCAUUACAAACUACGAAGGCGGGAAAAAGGUGAGAGCUAUCGCAAACGAUACGGGCCUGGCACAGUCUACCAUCUCUACUAUUUUGAAGGAUAAAGUUAAAGUGAAAGAGGCAGCCAGAACUUCGACAGGCUUUAAAGCAUGCAUCACAAGACAUCGGAAAGGUCUCAUUCACGAGAUGGAAAAGUUGCUGGCAAUCUGGAUUGACGAUCAGGUUCAAAAAAGAAUUCCGAUGAGCCUUCUCACUAUCCAAGCAAAGGCACGCAGUAUUUUCACCACACUGAAGGAGCAAUAG